ACAAGUAGAAGCACAAAAACCCGUACAAAUGGCAGUAUUUAUCUAUUCCAUUUUGUUCUAUUCAUUGAUGAAUUCCUGUGCAUGCAUUCCUCAGGGCAAACGUGUGGCGAAAUGAUUUGCCAACUCUUUCCUGAAAGCAACAACUCAUCCAAAUUAUUGAAAACAUGUCUGGACCAAUAUUGUUCAAGUUGAUUUUUUUGUUACUCUUGAUUUAUUCUUAGAUUAUUGUAAAAUUCCACCUCACUGUAGUCGGCAGGUUAAAAUAAAUCAAGGCGUAAGGCGAGUUAUUUACCUUGUCCAAACAAUACCUUGAGUAUAUUGGAUCUACAGUCAGGCAUAUUUAUCCUAUUUAUUGACUUGACUAAUGCUUCUCUCAUUUCAAAAAAAAUCACUCACUCUAAUUCAUCAAGCUGACAUGGAACUUCACUGUGUCAAGGAGUGGCAUGAAAAGGAGAAAAUGGACACACUCCUUCAAUUUGACUUGCGAAAUUAUGGAACACAAUCAAAUCAACCUUAUAGUUCAAAUAUGACAAGCUACAUUUCCCUUGAAGGAUAUGUUUCAAAAAGUGAGCCAAAGUUGUGAAAUUACUUUGGUGUACGUUAUGUUUUUUAAAUUGAAAAAACGUUCUUCAACUAUUCUGUUUUUUUUUUUUUUUUUUUUGCACCACUGGGAGUAGGAGGGGGGGUAAAGGAUGAGAGUCAAUGAGCCCCUCCCACCUUCUGUAUAAAGGCUCCCAGUCUGGUGUGCAGCUAUUAGCAGAGUGACACAGCUGCCUUACAGGACCAGUGGCAAUAUUCCCCAAACCUGUGGAAUACUCGUCUAUACAUCUGACCAGAAAAAGAAGAGCUUUGUUAUCCCACGUGAAUUCCAGGAGGAAAAAUGAAACUAAUCUUCCAAGCCUUCCUCUAUUGCUGCCUGGUGGCCACAGCAGCACACUGUAUGGAACUUGAAGUGAAACCCAAGUUAAAAAAGAGGCUCAGCAUAUGGCUCGGGAGCAGACUCAGACGGGAUCUGGACAGCAAGACUGCAAACUCUGAGCACUUUGUCAGGCAAGAUGACAUCAGGGAUACCAUGCUGCCACAUUCCAGCACUGAAACCCAUGUGCGAACCAAGAGGUCCAAAAAUUCUGCCAACCAGUCAAGACGGCAGGGUUGUUAUCUGGGGACCUGCUCAGUGCACGACCUGGCGCACCGUCUGCACCUUCUCAACAACACGCUGAAGAUUGGCAGCGCCCCACCUGUCAAGAUCAGCCCACAAGGAUACGGCCGCAGACGUCGCUCCCUACCAGACCGCAGAGUCGCACUGAGACUGGAGCAGGGCAGGCUCAGGCCUGUGUGGAGCACCACUGACUCCCAAGUCCAUAAGCUUGAGGCUCUGCUCAGGCAAACAUGAAUGGAACUUUGCAAAAAAGAAGAACGAAAGCCAAGGCAGUCGAAGAGUUCGCGCACUCUCCGCUCUGUUCACAAAUUCUCCAAAUGCCUCAGAUUUGCCAAGUAUUCUCCAGAAUCUUUCCAGGACUGGGGACCAGGUCAGAGCAAGACUGUCUGCACUGAGUUUCUUAAAAGCGCUGAGCCCCGCUGCUCAGUGAUGUGGAGCUGCAAACACUGGAUGGAACAGCAUGGAGCAACAACAGGUGCCGCUCUCUGCUUGGCACUUGGGCGACCCCAAGAGUGUUGCUUCCUACCGAAGUGAGCGGACUUACCCUCUGGUGUAAAAGAGCGAAGUCUCACACUUCCUCCUCCACUUUGAUAAGUGCUGUCCAAUGUCCUGCAAGGA